ACAACCACCAGUAAAAAUCCAAGUCGUGAGUAGACGGUGGAGGUGGCCGAUUGCUUACUGUGCCGUUCGCCCCUUGCUUUUUGUUUUUUGUCGCCUUUGGUGGUCUUCCGCGGCUGUGAAGCAGCGACAACAGUGGGGGACGCAUGGCGAUGUCACUACCGAGUGCGACAGGGGCUGCUCUCACGCGUAUAAAGCUGCGCGGGGGGCGGGGCGGGGAGAUGAGAAGCUCCGACUCCCAAACCCACACCCACACCCACACGAGCGGUUCUGUUCCGAACCUGCCCGUAGACACAAACAAGGAUACAGAAAAAGAGAGAGAGAGAGAGAGAGAGAGACGUGGUUUGCUUCCAUCCGAGGCUGCUCCUCUUUUUGUUGUCCUUCAAGAAUCGUGUCUGAACUCUCCAUCAUCUUCUAAAAGCUGGGUCGACUCCUCCUCUCAUCUUUUUGUUUCCAGCCUUGGUGAUUUCCUGGUGUCAUGGGUUAUCCCACCGGAGAGAGGGAAUGCUGGGGACUCGAUGAUUUGGCAGGGGAGCAUGAGAGACAUGGGGGCAGAAGCAGCAGCCACCAAGUCACGAUGGAGGAAGGUGGUGGCUAUGGCAACACCUUCGAGAGCGAACGGCAGCAAAAGCUGUGUGUCAGGGGCCACUGGAGGCCGGCUGAGGACGCGAAGCUCAAGGAGCUCGUCUCUCUAUAUGGCCCUCAAAACUGGAACAUGAUCGCCGAGAAGCUAGUGGGAAGAUCAGGGAAGAGCUGCCGGCUGAGAUGGUUCAACCAGUUGGAUCCAAGGAUCAACAGGAAGGCAUUCAGCGAGGAAGAAGAAGACAGGCUUCUGGCUGCGCACAGGCUUUACGGCAACAGAUGGGCACUGAUCGCCAGGCUCUUCCCUGGCCGGACAGACAAUGCAGUCAAGAACCAUUGGCAUGUGAUCAUGGCCAGGAAACAGAGGGAGAAGCAGUCCAGUGCUUACAGGAGGCGGAAGCGUCCCUCCCUCCGCUCUCCCCCAUCACAGCCCCUCCCGAGGUGGGAGGAGGUCACCACCACCUGCAACAAUGCAUGCAGUGGUGAGUCGACCACCACCAGAGAGGAGACUGCUUCCACUUGCACCGACCUCUACCUCGGUUCCGUCACCGUGCCCAAUGCUUGUGCAGGGUUCCGUAUUGGAGCUCCCACGAUGCAGGUUCGUGGGUUUGAUCUCUCUGUCUACACCGGUACAACUUUUGAGGUCACAGCAAAUGAACCGGCGGCCUACCACAUGACCAAUGCUUUGCCUUCCGGUGAGACAACCUAUGAGAAAGAUAAGAUUAGCUUACCCUUCUUUGAUUUCCUGGGUGUUGGAGCAUAGGGGCCCUCCACUCGAUAUGCACAGGAAAUCUGUGAAGGCUGGUGGUACAGGACCAAGAGAGGAGACCUGCAAAAUAACGAAGAGAGGAGGGUGAUGAAGGAGAUGAAGUUGUAUCCAUAGUAAGCCAGACUUCUCAAGGUUGUCAGUCAACAAGUUCAACAAACAUUUCAACAUGCGAAUUAAACCAGAUGAUAUGAUGCAUCAUCUGAUCUGUACCAAGAUUUCAAGGAAGGCAAUCAAAAUCAAAGAAAAGAAAGUUCUUCCAAGGUCUACUGGGCAUGCUUAAACUUUUAAUUUCUCUAAAAUACUAGUGUAUUUUAUUAAUGCUUCCUCGCAAGCAAGGAGGCACCACAUACCACUAAUUACAUCUCUCUCUCUCUCUCUCUCCCCCGUGAGAGAGAUUUAGUAGCACCCAAGGGUUUUGGGAACCAAGCAGACCAUUCCCCCGGUUGGAACUCCGAGUGCCCCAGUGGUAGCUAGCUAGCCAGGCCAAGCAAUGGGUGCUGCUUGUGUUACCACACCACAUCGUGCAAGGGUGAGGGUGCAGGUUUGGUAGCUGAUCUGACACAGAAUCCUAGGGUUGGUCACGGUUCCACUGCCUAUAUCUGGUACCGGAUCUGUAGGAGCUGACAGGUCGUUGCCUUUUGUGUCGGUCAUCCUCCUCUUCCGAUUUGCUCAGAGGUAGUGAAACUGACAGCCCUAAUCAUGGUGGUGAACAGUUGAUCCCAGUGAGAAGUUCACAGAAACCUGGCUGAAAGAACACAUAUGCAGCAAACUAAUUAAACCAAUGCUGAGAGGAGAAAGGAGAGCAAAGAGAGAGUGAUGCAUAUUCCU